AUGAUUCUGCUGGGGCUCAGCGAUGAUGCAGUGCUUGAGAAGAUCCUGUUUGGGGUGUUUCUGGUGAUCUACCUAAUCCCACUGGUGGGGAAUCUGUGCAUGACUGUGCUGAUCAGGACCAGUUCCCACCUCCACACCCCCAUGUAUUUCUUCCUGGGACACCUCUCCUUUGUAGACAUUUGCCAUUCCUCCAACAUCACACCAAAUAUGCUGUACAAUUUCCUCUUAGAUCAAAAGACCAUCUUCAAUGCUGGGUGCUUCACACAGUGUCUUCUCUUCAUUGCCCUGGUGAUCACCGAGUUUUAUAUCCUUGCUUCAAUGGCAGCAGAUCACUAUGUGGCCAUUUGCAGCCCUCUCCAUCACAGUACCAGAAUGUCCAAGAACAUUUGCAGAUCUUUAGUCACAGUCCCUUAUACUUAUGGCUUCCUUAAUGGCCUCUCUCAGACACUGUUGACUUUUCACUUAUCCUUCUAUGGUUCUCUUGAAAUUAAUCAUUUCUACUGUGCUGAUUCUCCUCUUCUAAUGUUGGCCUGUUCUGACACCUCUGUCAAAAAGAUGGCAAUAUUUGUAGUUGCUGGCUUUACACGCUCAAGUUCUCUAUCAUCUUUCUGUCCUACCUUCUUCAAUAUGCAUUCUGCUGAAGGCAGGUACAAAGCCUUCUUUACUUAUGGUUCCCAUCUGGCAACAGUUACCAUAUUUUAUGGAACACUCUUCUGUAUGUACUUAAGGCCCCCAACUGAGAAGUCUGUAGAGGAGUCCAAAAUAAUUGCAGUCUUUUAUGCUUUUUUUGAGCCCAGUGCUGAACCCAUUGAUCUACAGCCUAAGGAACAAGGAUGUGAUCCAUGCCAUGCCACAAAUGAUUAA